UCAUCCCAAUUUGUCCUCCUCUCGAUCCAUAUAGUUUAAGCGAGCCAGCCACCACGUCACCAGCGCUUUUGCGCUUUUGCUCUCUUCCUCCUCCUCUGUGUAUAUAUCGAGAGCCCUAGCUUACUUAACCAGAUCACACAUAGAGUAGAGACACACGUUAAUUAGUGCGCAGGCAGAAAAGCUCAGUUAGCACGGGCAGAGAUGGCGAGGGUACACUCUUCGCCGUCGUUUUCUUCUUCUUCGUCGCCGGCGGGCGAGGGGAGGGGGAAGGUGUUCACGCUGUGGCUCAAGUCGCUGGUGCUCAACGGCCGGGGUUGCACCGUGUACGACUCCGACGGCCACAUCGUCUACCGCGUCGACAACUACGGCUCCAAGUGCAGCGACAACGUCUGCCUCAUGGACCUCCGCGGCAACAUCGUCGUCAACAUACACAAGAAGAAGCUCGCGUUUGGCAAGUGGGAAGGGUACAAGUGGACCGGCCGGACGCAAGAGGCGAGCGCGUGGUUCAAGGUGGCGCGGCCGCGCGGCGGCAUCUUCCACCGGAGCGGCCGCCGCCCGUCGUCAUCGCCGUGCGAGUUCGAGAGCGACGCCGGCCGCGCCAUGCGGUACAGGAUCGACGACGACGGCGGGGCGCGCGCCGGGAAGCGGGCGUGCUGCAGGAUCGUGGACGCCGGCACCGGGCUCGUGGUGGCGGAGGUGAAGAGGAAGGUGACGGCGGGCGGGGUGGCGCUCGGGGAGGACGUGCUCGCCCUGGUGGUGGAGCCAGGCGUCGACGACUCGCUCAUCAUGGGGCUCGUGCUCGUCUACGGGCUCAUGAAUCGCACCAUGUGAAGCUAGCAGAACCACAACACAAUAGAGACUUUUAUAGUCUUUCUUCGUGUGAAUUACUACCGUACCGUGUAACUGCGAGUAGAACGACUACGUAGUGUGACACAGAUGACUGAUCUACAAGUGAUUUUGAUGACACGACAUCUCCGUCAACCUUCGAUGACUUUGUUAACCUUAAGAUUCGCUUAUAAGAGAUCGUUUGCGUUUGUA